UUUCCUCUGUCCAAUGUCACAGUCGGGCACCUUUCGGUUUCCUGCACCAAUCGGCGGUGUUCCACUCGCCCACGACUUUGCUCCAUGCAUUCUUUUCGCCUGCCUCUAUGGCGCGCUCGCUUUCCUGUGUUUUUAUCGCUUGGCAAAGAAUGCAUCCCGCAAUGUUUUUGUACUCUCGGUUCUUGUGUUUAUUAUUGAAAGAGUUGUCAUCUGGUCCCUACGAGCCAAGCAAGCGCGAAUGCCGUCCGAAGACCUCAACCGCCACCUGACCACCUACUUUCAAAUCACGUUCAGCAUCGGCUUCCUCACGAUUCACAGCCUGAUCAUCCACCUGCUGCGAUGUCCCGUCGUUGGCACGACCAUAGAUACCUCCUCGACGCCAGAGUCUUCGCUGUGGAGCAAAUCGGAGGAGGUAGGGGGCCUGAGUGCCUCUGCGAGCAAGUCGAAGACGAGUGUUGCCGUUCUGCCCCUCGAGUAUGAAGCGCGGGAGGACCAGCCCCAGAAACGAGCGCUGUAUCGACGCGUAUUCAGCAUACUCUCGCUGCAAUUUUUAAUACCAAUCAUCGUCGGCGCGGUAAUGGGCAACGAGUACGUCGACACCGAGACGGAUGCGGCGAAGGUACCAGCCGUCCAGGCUCUCAGAUAUGUCACUGCAGCUAUGGGCCUGAUCCUCACCCUGCUCGUCCUCGCGCUGUUGAUCUGGGCGAUACUCAUGGUCCCCCGUAUCAAGCGAAACGCCGUGAUUCUGCUGUUUGCCCUCGAGACCAUCCUCACGAUGAUUCCAAUAUACCACCUCGUCGUCAUGGCCAACUCGACGACGUCUCUGACCUCUACGGCCUCCGGGUCGCAAAAUACCCCCGGAGAGAAGGCUGCGUUCUACGUGUUUCAAGCGUUAGCGGAGUUUGCGCCGUGUGUCGUCCUCCUCACGAUCAACAUGAAGACGAUGUUCGGGACAGGGUACUUCGGGGAUAGACUCAUGGACCCGAAGAAGAAGCCCGAGCCCGCUCCCACAGCACAGGAAGCGACGUGAACAACGUGAGAAGGCAUUUCAUAUACACGUAUAAUAUUGUAAUUUAUAAGGUGGAAAUUGGGACAUGGGCUCUUAAAAUGUAUUUUGUAUGC